CACAGCAGACCACGGAUCCUCCAGCGGAGAGAGUUGAGUGGGAGAGCUCUGGAAAAAAAAAUCAAGUUAGCUAGAUAGCUGGAUAAAUAGGCAGCUUCACACAGAAGACACUUCAUCUGCAAUUCACAGAUUUCUGCCCUCUCUUCGGUCCUUUUGAAACAAGCAGACGUAUCUACAUAAGCAGGAGGUGAACUGAAAUUGAACAAUGGAUAUCUACGACCCCCAGACCCUUGGGAUAAUGGUGUUUGGUGGAUUCAUGGUGAUCUCAGCUCUUGGGAUCGCUCUUGUCUCCACCUUCUCCAUGAAGGAGACCUCUUAUGAGGAGGCACUGGCUAAACAGCGCAGGGAGUUAGGUAAGAUACAGUCUUCUCGCUCUGACAAAAAGAAGAAGGACAAAACAUCUGAGAAGAAGAGUCGCACAAAGAAGAAGGAUGAAAAGCCCAAUGGAAAGAUCCCAGAGUCGGAAAAAGAUGAAGAGGCCGCUGAAGCUAAUCUAGUCGCUGAGCCUGCUGCUGCUCCCGUUGUAGCCGCUGCUCCUGCCCCCGAGCCUGCCCCAGCUGUCGAGGUUGCGCCAACUGAAACCCCAGCACCAGCAGAAAUCCAACCCAAAGCUGCUGCCGAACCAAGCCCUGCUCUGGCUGAUCCCUCACCUGCACCCUCACCUAAAGAGAAAAAGAAGAAGAAGGUGGCCAAGGUGGAGCCAGCCUCUACCCAGUCAGCUCCACUCGUGGCUGCCGCUGCACCGGUGAAGUCCUCUGCUGCCCCACCACCAACCCAGGCCUCUGCGCCUGCCCCAGCAAAGGCUUCCCCUGCACCACCUAAGUCUGCCGCCGCCCCUGCAUCAACAAAGUCUACGCCUGCCUCAGCCAAAACUGCCCCUUCAACUGCUCCUGCAUCAGCCAAGUCUGCCCCUGCCCCAGCAAAGGCCGUCUCAGUCCAAACCAAGUCUGCUGCUGCCCCAGCUAAGUCGUCACAAGCCACAUCCAAGUCUGCCCCGGUGCUUGAGGCUGUCACUAAAGACGUCCCAGUUAUGGCAGUGCCCCCGGUGGGAUCUCAGCAGACUCCUGCUGCUGCACCAAAAGCACAGGAGCCUAAGAAGAAGGCCUCCAAGAAAAAAACUGAGAAUGUGGUGGCGGUGGAUUCGGCCGACGCUCCGCUGUACCUGCCCUACAAGGCUCUGGUGUCCACCAUCAGUAGCAUGGUGUUCAGUGAGGCAGAGGCUCAUAGGCUCAUUGAGAUCCUGUCUGAGAAAGCCGGCAUCAUUCAGGACACCUGGCACAUGGCCACUCAGAAAGGAGACCCAGUGGCCAUCCUGAAGAAGCAACUGGAAGAGAGGGAGAAACAGCUGGCAGCAGAACAAGAGGAUGCCUCUGCAGCAAAGAACCGUCUGAGAGAUCUCACAAAGGAGCUUUCUGCUGAGAAGUCCAAGGUGGCCAGUGUGGAGACUAGGCUGAGUUCCCAGCUAAGCAAGAGGGAGCAGGAAAUGAUUGCUUUGCAAGCUCGGAUGCAAGCCAGUUACCAGGACCAGGUAGCCCAGACCCAGAAGCUCAAUGCAAAGAUCGUCAGCCUGCAGGACCAGUUGGAAAAAGGUCCCAAUGCCCAGCUGGCCCGUCUACAGCAAGAGAACUCCAUUCUCCGUGACGCCCUCAACCAAGCCACUAGUCAGGCUGAGAGCAAACAAAAUGCGGAGCUGGCUAAGCUGCGUCAGGAAUGCACAAAGCUAACCAAGGAUCUUGGAGAGAAGACAGAAAGUCUGCUUGCUGAUGAGCACAUCAGGAAAGGGCUGGAGGCCAAGGUUUCCGCUACUGAGAAGCAGCUCUCCCUGCUGCAGGCCAGCCAUACAGAGAGUGAGCAGGCGUUACAGAGGAAACUGGAGGAGGCGUGUGAGGAGCUCAGAACAACACAAAGCAAAAACGGCAGCCUGCAGGCCACUUUGGACCAGGCCCAGCAGGACAGCAGUGCACUCUCAGAAUUUCAGGUGUGUAUGGGGAAAUUGGAGGCCGACAUCAAGGAGCGCUCUGCUCAGGUAGAGACCCUCACUGCCCAGCUGGAGGAGACACAGGCAGAGAAAAGCCAGCUUGUACAGCAGGUGGCCUCCAUAAACACACUGCUGGAGGCCAGUCAGAACAAAAAGGAGGAGGAGAACAAUCAGGUUAAUGCUGCAGAGCUUGAACAACUAAAGCUCAGCCUCCAGGAGAGGGACAGCCAGCUGAACACUCUCCACGAGGAACUGAAGCAACUGCAGAUAAAGCAGGAAGCUGCUGAGAACACUAUUGCUGAGGCAGAGAAUAAGAGCGAGGAUGCCAGCCUUAUCACAUCACUUCAGGAUGAACUUAAAAACCUCAAAGAAGAGAUGGAGCAACUUAAGAGCACACCACUGUCAGAUAACUCUGCAGAGCUCGAAUUACUACAGAACAGUGUGACUGAGAAGGAUGCCCUCGUCACAUCACUACAAGAGGAGCUGAGGGAAGCGAGGGAAAAGGCAACCGCUGAUGGAGGCGUAAUGGGACAACUGACAGCUUUUCAAACUGAAGCCAAAGAAACUCUCCAGGCACUCUUUCCACAGAUUCCCGUAGAGACAGAGCAGCCAAACUGGUCGCAAGUUUUUACACAGAAAGCUCAGGAGGCUCUCACCCAACAGAGCCAAGAAUCUCAGUCGAGCACAGAGUCGCCUGAGCUGCUUGAGAAAUUGAAGGAGGCUGAGGAGAGCCAUGCUUCCAUGCAAGCUGAAUGUGAACAAUACAGGACAGUCUUGGCUGAGACGGAAGGAAUGCUGAAACAUCUGCAGAAGAGUGUGGAGGAGGAGGAGUUGGUAUGGAAGUCCAAGAUGGCUAACACAGAGGAACAGCUGAGGGAAGCUUCGGAGAAGGCCAGCAAGCUGGAGGCAGAAAACCAAAGUGUAGAACAGUUGAAGGAGCAGAUGAUGCUUUUGGAGGCACAGCUGGAGAAGCAAUCAGACAACCAGGGGAACUCUGAGGAAAUGGAGCAGCUGAAGCUGCAGCUGUCGGAGUGUCAGAGCCAGUUGGAUUUGGCCCAGAAGGAGGCACAGGCACACAAGGAGGAGCUUGAACAGGUCAGAGAGCAGCUGGGCGAGGUCACGAUGCGGGGUCAGCGAGAAAAGAAUGGCCCAACUGAGGCUCAACCCAGUCAGGUCCAGCACGAGUUCAGCCAGACAACCGAGAAGCUGCAGGAGGAGGCGGCUCAGAGGCUGCAGCUCUCUGAAGAGUUUGAGCAGGCCCAGAAGACUGUCACAGAACUUCAGGCUCAAUUGGAUCUUUUGAAGGAUUCUGCAGAAUCACCACAAGCUGACAUAGAAGAUGUUGCUCAACUCAAGGAGCGCCUGGAGAAGGAGAAGAAGUUGUCCAAAGACCUAGGCCAGGCAGCCACCAAGCUCCAGCAACUUCUCAAAGCCACUCAGGAGCAGUUGACCAAAGAGAGAGACACAGUGAGAACACUACAGGAGCACCUGGAUGGCAAGGGAGAGUACGUGGAAUUGAAGGAAGGAACAUCCGUCUAAGAGGAAGUUCACUGCGGACACUACAGAAAACUGCCAAAUAUGCCUUAUGAUUACCAUAGUUAUGCAUUCCAAAACUAUUUCUUUCUUGUACUGUAGUUGAUUGCAUUUGCUGCAACUGUAGGAUCAAAUGUUUGAUAUUAUGAACAUGUCAAAGAUUAGAGGAGAAAAUCCUGCUGCGAUCUUUAUUGAAACCCACAUUCCAUCAACAAUUCUGGCUAUGUCAGAAGAUAUUUAUCCCCCUGCCUUAUAUUCCAAACAUUUCCCCAUAGUUCAGUGUUAAAAGGGAAACCGAUUGUACGUCUAACGUACAUCAACCUGUGCAAUUACUUUGUAUGUUUUUUUAUGUGGUUGAAUGAUGGGAACAUUUUACGGUUCAACGAUGCAGUACCUUUAGGGCCUGCUUCCCUCUAUAGCUGGCUGCCAAUAACACACAUUGAAUUAGAAUUUGUAUGAAUGAAUAAACUACAGUGUAGCUCUAUGUCA